UUAAAGGGAGAGUUUUAAAAAAAAUUAAGUGCAUUUAAAGAAAAGUCGCCAUCGAUUAGUUUUUAAAAAGAAUUUUAAAUUUCUCAGGGCGUGAAUAUUAUUUUUAAAUAUUAUUCAUUGAAACAUUUUUCACUGUUGAAUUAUAAAAAUCAAAUCACAACGAAUUGAUACCAAAAAUACUGGCGAUCGGAAGACGCAGAAAUGUCUGCUUCUGACGUUCUGUAUAAUGGCAUUCAAAUAGACAUUCACUUAGCACCGUACAACGCUGUAGUGUUCGCUGAUAAAUCCUUUCCAAAACUUGAAUUUUGCGGUGCAGCAAUAAUUACCUCGCGGCAUCUUAUUUCUGCAGCCUACUUCUUUUCUAUAAAUCAACAUAAGAAUUUUAAAGUUGUUACUGGAUCCACCCUCGUAAGUUCCUAUGAAAAUUAUAAUUUUACCGAGAACACUAAUUAUCACAGUGUAAAUAAGGUUUACAUUCACGAGAAGUACGAUUCCUCUGAGAUUUAUCACAAUAUUGCACUCAUAGAGUUAACCAGUUUGUUGCAUUUUUCGUAUAAAAUUAACUACAUUCCGCUGAUGAGCCUUCAGGAUGUGUACAAUAAUAUCGAAAAUGAAUUAACUAUGACGAUCACUGGCUAUGGACGGGAAUAUAAUCAACAAUUCAGCCACUUGAGGGAACAAAUAUUAGAAAUAAAUGACGUUCGGUUACAUAAACUUAACGAACGUCUUUUGCUACUCAAUAGAAAAGAUUUAAAAUCUUGUUUUGGAGAUUCGGGAAAUCCAGGUGUUAUCAAAGGGAAAUUGGCAGCAGUGAUGAUCUAUGAGGAAUUUUGCAAUGUCACAAAAUUACCACUGUUACUCACUGGAAUUCCUUAUUAUUACGAGUGGAUUAAAUAUUACGUUGGACAAGAGCGUCUUGAAAAGUACCCGGAUCUUAAUUAACAUCUACAAUAUUUAUUUAUACAUCCAAAAAUUAAAAGAAAUUUUAAAAAACAUCAAAAUCUUUCAUUCUUAUAGUUCUGCUAAUGAUGAUGAUGAUGAUGAUGUUAAAAUACAAUUUCGAAUCAUUAAUUCUCCUUUGGACUCCAUUUAUCCUCGAAAAACUUCAUUUUUAAAUAAAUAUUUAAUCAUUAUUAAUUGAAGGUAUUCCUUCUGAAUCAAUGAACAAAAUUUUUUAAUUUAACAGUAUAUGCUUUUGAGUCAAUGAAUAUAUAGUUUUUAAAUUUAAAAGUUUUGUCACUCGUACUCGUACAUCAAGACUUAGAGAAUUUUGAAUU